AUGCGUGGGGCCUCCACGUGCGUCUCUCGAGUUCACGAGGUGAACGCGUCCAUCUUCAGCCUGCUUGCAGCGCAUGGCAUCACGCUCAUACCAUUGAGUCCACUGGGUGCCGCCGUUCGUGGGCUUGACCUGCGCAAGACGCCGCCAGAGCCAGUCCUCGAUGCGCUGCAGUCAGCAAUGGCCGUACGUGGCUUCCUCGUCUUCAAAGACCAGGGAACGCUUAGCGGCGACGAGCAGGUGAUCGCGUCGGAGCUCUGGGGCGCGCGCGAGAUGCACUCGACGCACGGGGUCCACCCAAAGGCGCCCAACAAACACAUCUUCCGCCUCUCAAACGACCGCAACGUGGGCAUUCUCGGCGUCGGUCCCCAGUGGCACAACGACGGCUCGUUCGAGCGCGGCGUCUUCUCUCACGUCGGAUACCACAUCAUCCGCGUGGCCGAGGGCGGCGGCGGCACCAUUUUUGCUCACCAGGGCGGCGCCUUCGACGCGUUGCCCGAGGUGGAGCAGGAGCGCUGGCAGCGUCUCGUCUCUAUCAACUCGAAUUCGGGAGUGCUGCACCCCGUCGUGCACGCCCACCCCAUCUCCGGACGCAAGUCGGUCUACCUCCACCUUGGCAUGACGGGUGCCGUGCUCGAGGUGGUGCCCAAAUCGGACGACCCCAGCGCCGUCGGCUCGCUCCGCCUGCUCGACGAAGGCGAGAUGCGCCACCUCUUCCAGACGUACAACGCGCUGCUCAACAAGGGCUUCGCACCAGGCCAAGCCGACCUGCUCGCUGGCGUGCCGACCUACGGCACGCGGGUCGAGCUGGCUGGCUUGGCAGCCAAGCCAGAGCUCAACGGCCGGCGUGGCGUCGUGGACGGCGUUCUCGACCGCGACAACGGCCAAGGCGAUUGCAUCUUCAUCGACAACCUGGCGGUGGCGCACCGAGCGACGCCCGAGGCUCAUCGGCCCGCCAGUGAAGUGGGUCUUCGCAUCUUGCACCGCACCACUAUCAAGGCGCCAAGUAAUUUCGACCCGCCCUUUGGGCUGCCGCCUGUGCUCAACAUCCAUGGCGCGAACCCGCUCGGCAAUGCUGCGGGAGGCGUCUGGCAGGGCGGCGGCCUUGGCUUCCGCUGGGACGAGACCAUCCCGAUGCAAAACUGA